AUGGACUACGGCUACGGCUAUCGAGGUAGCAACAACCUGUUGCGGCUGCCAUAUCUGCGACUCCUGUUUUCUGGGCCAUUGGUGCCGAUGUUCUUCAUCCUUUCCGGAUACAUAUUGUCGAAAAAGCCACUUCACCUCUCAGGAUCAGCAAUUGUUCCCUGGGAAGGGCUGACGACAUCUUUGGCCGGUUCGACAUUUCGCAGAGGGCUUCGCCUUUUCCUCCCACCUACAUUCUCAACGUUUGGAGUCAUGUUGCUCGUCAGAUUUGGGCUUUUCUCAUUCCCCUAUGAGACAAUGCCAGGCCGCAUUCCCGAUCACCCGGACUUUCUUGAUUCAACCGCCCGCCAGCUAUGGGACUGGGUCAAAUUUGUCGUGACUGAGAUGACGAACCCCUGGACAUGGACCUCUGGCCACCUCAUCUAUGGCCCCCAUCUCUGGACAAUACCUAUCUCCUUCCAGGGAUCCUUGGUCACGUAUCUCACUUGCCUGGCGCUUCUUAGAGUUAAGGCCUCUGUUCGACUGAUGUUGAUUGCAUUGGUGAUCUUACAUGCAAUAAUACUUGGUCGCAUUUACAUGUCUCUCUUUUUCGGCGGGAUGCUCUUAAGUGGGAUAGAGGUCUACCAGUCAACCUCGAGCCACUUGGCUUACAUUGCCACGUACACUACCAGACUCAACACACCAUCGAGAUUCUGGACAUUUUUGCUCUUGGUUUGUGGAGGCUACAUUGGAUCGUUCCCUCGUGAUAACCACCAUGGACAAUGUGUCUCUGGAUAUCAGACAAUUUGCGAGAUCAGUACUGAUUACCAUCCUUGGCAUGCUUUGGGUGCCUUCCUGAUAUUCAGCGCAAUUUGGCGAGAGACCCAAGUACAGUCGUACCUAGAGGCGCCAUUGCUGCAGUAUUUCGGAAAGAUAUCGUUCUCCUUAUACAUCAUCCAUGAGCCUCUCUUGCAUGUCUUCGGAUUCUUCACUGUACAAUUCAUCUGGAAUUUCACGGGAAAAGAGACAAUCCUGCAGUAUCAAGCUGGACUCAUCUUGGCCAUGGCAGUCAACUUUUUUGUCCUUGUCUGGCUUGCGGAUUUGUUUUGGAGACACAUUGAAGGUUUCUGUGCGCGUAUCGCUAGUCUGGUUGAACGCUCUGCAUUCGCUGUCUGA